GGGCUCAAAGGGUUUGGGUUUGGGUAUGCUCGCACACGAGCCUCGGCGAUGGUUGCAAGACUAGUGGUGAAGGGAGAGGCGGCGGGAGUGGCUGUCUAAUGGCGGAGGAAUUGAAUUAAGCCCGAGUAUCUCCUUUGUUUUCAUUACCCACAAAACGAGUCUGUAAACCUGAAUAUUCAGACAAAUCCCAAAAGAACCUGAGGCCCCCUCGCAUCCUGUAAUUCCCCCCUCACUCUGUAACAGAAUCUCGUGAUUUUCGUUUUUGUGUUUUGGAGGGGGUAGAAAAUGUUGAAGAUGUGGAGAUGGUAUCAGAACUGCUUGACAGUGCACCCCGUUAAGACUCAGGUGAUCAGCUCCGCCGUGAUUUGGGGUUUCGGUGAUAUUGCUGCCCAGACUAUCACGCACUCUACGACCAAGAAACACCGUCAAUUGAAGGGUGAGGAGAAGGAGCUAAAAAUUAACUGGAGACGAGUAGCUACAACAAGCUUAUUUGGCCUUGGAUUUAUUGGACCAGUUGGCCACUUCUGGUAUGAAGGACUGGAUCGAUAUAUGAGGACUCGACUUCUAUUGCAACCGAAUUCCUUGCGGUUUGUAGCUGCUAAAGUAGCGAUUGAUGGGAUUAUCUUCGGACCCUUGGAUCUUCUUGUUUUUUUCACUUAUAUGGGUUUUUCUGCUGGAAAGAGUGUGUCUCAGGUCAAGGAAGAUGUGAAGAGGGAUUUUCUCCCCGCCUUGAUCGUUGAAGGGGGUAUAUGGCCACUCCUUCAAGUGGCAAAUUUCCGUUAUGUUCCUGUGAGGUAUCAACUCCUUUACGUCAACUUCUUCUGCUUGUUGGACAGCUGCUUUUUGUCAUGGCUUGAGCAACAACAGGAUGCUCCUUGGAAGCAAUGGUUGGCAUCCUUUCUACAAAUGAGGGAACAAAAAGGUGAAGGUGGAUGAUUUCUCUCCUUAUGUAGUGCAGGUCUCCUGGCAAUAGUUAGUUACAAUACAUAUCAAUGAUUAAAGGGAAACAAAGUACUAGUAGAGUCAGAAAAUUUGCAGAUAAACCUGAAUUUCCAGCUUGGAUUUUUACGGUUGGGGCUCGGACUGUUGAUGACAUUGCUUUAAGAUUGUUAUGAUUCCUUUACCGGCAUCCAAUUUUUGCUUCAAAUAGGGAGAGAGUUUGGAUGAAUUGGUUUCUCAUGCUUUCCUUCAAUAAUGAUAUUGUUUUGCUUUUGUGAGUGAUUCUCGGAUUUAGCUGCCAUGUUUUAUUUGAUUAGGAACACACUCUUCUUACAUGUU